GCUGGGGUCCCCAGGCCGCGGCGGGGAGCCCGGAGACCACCAGGAGGAAGUCGGGCCCCGGCUGGAAUCCUCGGGCGGCCGGGGCGGAAGCAGGAGCCGAGGGAGGGGUGGCGCUGGCCCUUCCCUGCCCUGGCACCGGUGUCAUCCUGGCUCCGGGUCAUGGAGGUCAGAGGCCCGGCCGGGACGGUGUGACCCGGGCCGAGGCCCGUCCGGGGGCCGCCCGGGCAGAAUGUCACGAUGGAUGAGGGGGGCACGCCCCUGCUCCCCGACUGCCUCCUCUACCAGAUCUUCCUGAGCCUGGGCCCUGCUGACCUGCUGGCCGCCGGGCUGGUGUGCCGCCAGUGGCAGGCAGUCUCCCGCGAUGAGUUCCUGUGGAGGGAACAGUUCUACCGCUAUUAUCAGGUGGCCCGGGAGGUGCCCCGACACCCAGCGGCCACGUCCUGGUAUGAGGAGUUCCGGCGGCUCUACGACUCAGUGCCCUGUGUGGAGGUGCAGACACUGCAGGAGCACACGGACCAGGUCCUACACCUCAGCUUCUCCCACUCGGGGUACCAGUUUGCCUCCUGCUCUAAGGACUGCACGGUGAAGAUCUGGAACAAUGACCUGACCAUCUCCUUGCUGCACAGCGCAGACAUGAGGCCCUACAACUGGAGCUACACCCAGUUCUCCCAGUUCAACCAGGAUGACUCGCUGCUGCUGGCCUCAGGUGUGUUUCUGGGGCCGCACAACUCUUCAUCUGGUGAGAUUGCUGUCAUCAGCCUAGACUCCUUCGCCCUGCUGUCCCGAGUGCGAAAUAAACCGUACGAUGUGUUCGGCUGCUGGCUCACAGAAACUAGCCUUAUCUCGGGGAACCUGCACCGCAUUGGCGACAUCACUUCCUGCUCCGUGCUGUGGCUCAACAACGCCUUCCAGGACGUGGAGUCGGAGAAUGUCAAUGUGGUGAAGCGGCUCUUCAAGAUCCAGAACCUCAACGCCAGCACCAUCCGCACGGUGAUGGUGGCCGACUGCAGCCGCUUCGACAGCCCCGACCUCCUGCUGGACGCUGGUGACCAGGCUGUGCCCCCCUGCCGUGUCUUCGACCUGGGGUGUGACAGUGAGGACAGGGCAGCCGGCCCGGCUCUGUGUGCCCCAGGCCGUGCCAAGGAAGGCUUGCGGCGUGCGCUAGACGGCAUGUUGGACGGGCACACACGGCUGUCAGAGCGCGCGCUAGAGACCAGGGUGGCCGCACUGCUGGCCCAGGGCCGCACCAAGCCGCCUGAGCACAGCACUGCCAGGAACAAGUACCUCAUCUUCACCACUGGCUGCCUCACCUACUCGCCACAUCAGAUCGGCAUCAAGCAGAUCCUGCCGCACCAGAUGACCACGGCGGGGCCCGUGCUGGGUGAGGGCCGGGGCCCCGAUGCUUUCUUUGACGCGCUGGACCAUGUCAUCGACGUACACGGACACAUCAUUGGCAUGGGGCUGUCCCCUGACAACAGGUACCUGUACGUGAACAGCCGUGCCUGGCCACCCGGCUCAGUGGUGGCCGACCCCAUGCAGCCGCCGCCCAUCGCGGAGGAGAUCGACCUGCUGGUGUUCGACCUCAAGACCAUGCGGGAGGUGAAGCGGGCCCUGCGUGCGCACCGUGCCUACACGCCCAACGACGAGUGCUUCUUCAUCUUCCUGGACGUCAGCAGGGACUUCGUGGCCAGCGGGGCCGAGGACCGGCAUGGCUAUAUCUGGGACCGCCACUACAACAUCUGCCUGGCCAAGCUGCAGCACGAGGACGUGGUCAACUCGGUGGCCUUCAGCCCUCAGGAGCAGGAGCUCCUGCUGACGGCCAGUGACGACGCCACCAUCAAGGCCUGGCGCUCGCCCCGCACCGUGCGCAUCUUCCAGGCCCCGCGUCCCCGCCCUCGGCCCUUCUUCUCCUGGUUUGCCAGCCACAGGCGCUGAGGACAGCAGUGACUUGAGCUGUUGGGACCCAUGGCGGGCAACAGGCCCUGCAGUUCUUUCCUGUGUGGGCAGAGCAGCUUGCAGCAGCAAAGCCUUAGGACGGGCCUCAGGCCACACACCGAGCACGCGACCACUCACGCUGCCAGGCUCAGCACUCAGGGGCCACUGAGGGUGGCACCACAGACCCCACACUGACCUCGGGGCAGCCUGGGGUGCACAGGAUACAGGCCUCCCCUCCUACCCACCCCUCUCCCAGCCAGAGGGUCACAUAGCCCACACCUUGGGGUCCUAAGCCUGGGAUGGCAGCCCGGUGGCAGCAGAGGGCUCAGGCCCUGCACUCAGCUUGUGCACCAGUGGUGUCCGGCAGGUGUAUGGGCUGCUGCAGACACGUAUGUGUGCACUUGCUGCCUGGGAGGCCCUGAAUAAAGAGCUGGCCACAGCACAA